UAAUGCAGGUCGUCAAAUGCGAGACGUCAAUGUGACGGGCUAUUAUAUAAACACUGCGUGUUUUCUGCCCAAAAAUAGUGCGAAUUUCAGUGAAAAGCGCAAUAUCCUGGCACUGUUCUUGCAGUAAAGGGCUUCAAAAUGAUGCGUCGCUUCCUCACUUCCGGACAGCUACGCGCUGUCCUGCCUCCGGGCAGUUUUGCCGCUCCUGCAGUCAGGACGAUGGCCACUCUCCCGGUGGCGGAUGAGUCCAAACCUCCGCCACCCAAGAAGUACUCUCCCUUCGGCACAAAGCAGUCCAGUGUGGGUGAAUGGGCGGUUGCGCGACUUGACGAUCUCCUAAAUUGGGGCCGCAAGGGUUCAAUCUGGCCCCUGACCUUCGGCCUGGCGUGCUGCGCUGUCGAGAUGAUGCACAUCGCUGCUCCGCGAUACGACAUGGAUCGCUACGGUGUGGUCUUCCGUGCCUCUCCGCGCCAGGCGGACGUGAUUAUCGUGGCCGGAACGCUGACCAACAAGAUGGCACCGGCGCUCCGGAAGGUGUACGACCAGAUGCCUGAGCCCCGAUGGGUAAUCUCGAUGGGGAGCUGUGCCAACGGCGGCGGAUACUACCACUAUUCCUACUCUGUGGUGCGAGGCUGCGACAGAAUCAUCCCUGUGGACAUCUACGUUCCCGGCUGCCCGCCCACGGCCGAGGCUCUUCUGUACGGCAUUCUGCAGCUGCAGAAGAAGGUGAAGCGCAUGAAGACCCUCCAGAUGUGGUACAGGAAGUAAUGCGGAGGCGCGCAAAAGGUAGGACGAAAUUUUGACUUUGUUUAAACUGGAAUUCAGUGUAAUAAAUCCGUUAUUUAACUCGA